GCCCUCCUCCAAAGUAAUCGAACCAAAGGCCCAAAACACUACUACUCCUGAUAACUUCACCAAUCAAGGAAGUGUGCAAGGCUAAUCAAUGAGACAAAAACCCUAUAAAGGAACAUAUAUAUUCCUUUUGGAUAACCCCUCCUUGGAUACUGUAAAGAAAUGCCUAAGGGUCCCGCACCAUGGUCAAGUUAUUAUCCUGACAAAAAUGGCUUUAGCAAAAUCUAAACCCCCCUUGGCAAGCAAGGCACAUUCAAAUGGGCUUUAUUUCCUUAUAAAUAGCUCACAUUUGCAUAAAUGAAAACCACACAACUAAGUAUUUGCAUCCUCUUUCAACUUGCAAAAAAGAAAUCCUCCCCCUGCCUUUUCAACCUUGUUUGCCCCCCCCCCCCCCCCCCCCCCCCCCCCCCACAAAAAAAAAAAAAAAGGAAAAGAAAAGAAAAUGGCAAGCAACAUUGUACAACAACCCGCAAAAAUGCAUAAGGGCGACCGCGGAAUGACGAUCGCAGCAUCUGAAGACAGCGCCAUGAUGAAGCAAAUCCAAUCGACCCAUUCCCCCGAUGGCCGUGAGGUUGAUGUCAAACCUAUUCUCCAUGUCAUCGAGGACGUCCUGCGUCGUGCAAAUCCAAGCAUUGAAAGUGUCAUUAACGGCACACGUGAACCUGCUGAUGCCUUCGUGGAGAAGACCGCUGUGGCCGGAUUUGACUACAUUCUGGAAGCAUUGGCCUACAUUAUAAACAAAAUUUCAUGCGAGUUAGCAUGCAAGUGCUCUGGUGGAGCAGAUGCUCACUCAACCACAAUGGCUAUAUUCAACAACCUAUCAAACUACUCCUGGGAUGCAAAAGUGGUGAUCUCCCUAGCAGCCUUUGCUGUUUACUAUGGUGAUUUCUGGCUCGUCGCUCAGCUCAGCACCACCAAUCCCCUCGCCAAGUCUGUCUCCCUCCUCAAGCAAUUGCCGGACAUCAUAGAGCAUGCUGGCUCACUGAAAUCGCGCUUUGACACCAUUAAAAACCUUGUCAAGGCCAUCUUGAAUGUAACCAAGUGUAUUGUUGAGUUCAAGGAGCUUCCCCCUCAGUACAUAUCACAUGAGACACCGCCUAUGACCACUGCCAUGGCUCAUAUUCCAACAGCUGCUUACUGGACCAUCCGAAGCAUGGUUGCUUGUUCCUCUCAGAUUACCAGCCUUUUAGGCAUGAGUUAUGAGCACAUCACAUCUACUACUGAAGCAUGGGAGUUAUCAAGCUUGGCUCAUAAGCUCGCCAACAUACAGGAUCACCUUAAUUCACAACUAGCAAUUUGCCAUCAGCACAUAGAUGAGAAGAGACAUGCAGAAACUUACCAGAGCCUCAUACGCCUGUUCGAGAUGGCCCAUGUGGACAACAUGAGGAUUCUCAAGGCAUUGAUUUGCCAAAAGGAUGAUAUACUGCCGCUUCUGGAUGGCACUACGAGAACAAGGGUUAGCAUCGAAGUCCUCAAGAGAAAGACCGUGGUAUUGCUCAUAUCGGACCUUGACAUAUUUGAGGAAGAGCUUAUUAUCCUUGCUCAAUUCCACCACGAGACAAAGACAAGGUCAGGCCUUCAUUAUGAGAUCGUCUGGAUUCCGGUCAUCGACAGGUCAACGCCUUGGAACGAAGAGAACCGAAAAAGGUUUGAGCAGCUGCAGGCAAUGAUGUUGUGGUACACGGUGGCCGACCCUUGGUUGCUCGACCCAGCAGUCAUCAGAUACAUGAAGGAGGUGUGGCAUUUCUCGAAGAAGCUCAUUCUAGUGGUGUUGGAUCCACAGGGUAAGGUGGUCUGCAACAAUGCACUCCAUAUGGUUAUGAUAUGGGGAAAUUUAGCAUACCCUUUCUCUACUGCCAAGGAAGAAUCACUCUGGAAGGAAGAAACCUGGAAAAUGGAGCUACUGGUGGACGGUAUCGACCCAGCCAUAAUGAACUGGAUUCCACAAGGGAUAUUCAUUUGCUUGUAUGGAGGAGAGGACAUCGAGUGGAUUCGGAAAUUUACUACCGCAGCAAAAGUCGUUGCCACGACUGCAGGCAUUACCAUGGAAAUGGUUUACGUUGGAAAGAGCAAGUCCAAAGAACGAAUAAGAAGGAUCACCUCAACCAUCUCAAAAGAUAACCUCAGUCGCUGUUGGCCUGACCCGAUAUCCAUCUGGUACUUCUGGACCCGAUUGGAGAGCAUGUGGUACUCCAAGAUUCAACACGGCAAGACACCCGAAAAUGACAGGAUACUUCAGGAGGUGUUGACGUUGCUGAGCUUUGAUGGAAGUGAUCAAGGGUGGGCCAUAAUCUGCAGAGGGUCAACCGAGAUGGCAAGAGCCAACGGCGACACAAUUCUGACAAGCUUUAGAGAGUUUGAUCGUUGGGCGGAGGAAGCCAGGCAAAAUGGCUUUGUGCCGGCCCUCAAUGAGAAGUUGCACCAACUCCAUACCCCGCAGCACUGCAACCGCCUCAUCCUUCCGGGCAUAAGUGGUGGCAUACCAGAGAAGGUGGUGUGUGCAGAGUGUGGACGUCCCAUGGAGAAGUACUUCAUGUAUCGCUGCUGCACUGAUUGAGAGAUGCAUGCAAGCCUGCUACUAUAUCAUAUGCUUGCUUGUAGUUGUAAGGGAGAAUAUGAAAUUAUGUUUGCUAUCUUUGGAAGCUUUAGUAAUCUGUAGUCUAUUAACUCUUAAAAUGCUGUAGUAGUCUGAUUAUGGUUUGUAUGGAUGUCUAAGGUUCUAGAGUCCCUAUUUAUAAGUUUGAAGUGUGCUGUAAGAUUGUGAUGCUAAUAAUAUGUGAAUCCUGUUU